AUGCAGCAACAGGCGGAUCGAGUCUCUCACGAGCCCAAUGCCUCCGAGGCUCUUCUGCCUACCUCUGCCGAGGCCGUGACCCCGGCUAACUGGGCCACCACAGAAGCCCAGCCAGUGCUAACGCGACUCUAUAUUUCACACACUCUGUCCACCUGGAACUCGCGCAUGUUCGAGUUUGGUGCGGUUCUCUUCCUGGCUUCGAUCUUCCCGGGCACUUUGCUCUAUGCAUCCAUCUACGCCCUCGUUCGGGCCCUGUCGGCCGUCGUGCUAUCAUCCUGGCUGGGUGCGCGGGUCGAUCAGUCGGAUCGAUUAGUGGCAUUGAGGCAUUCAAUUGUCUGGCAACGAGUCCCGGUUGCGGCAUCCUGUCUGUGCUUUCUUGCCCUUCUGAUGCCCAUGGACUCCUGGGUUAUGACUACUGGAUUGUUCGUCCUGGUCGGCUUGCUGGCCUGUAUGGAGAAACUGGCGGCAGCAGCUAAUACAGUGGCUGUGGAACGAGACUGGGCCAUUGUGAUCUCGGACAGCAUCAAUGCUCCCCGGCAAGACUUGAAUGCAUCUAUGAGGCGGAUUGAUCUUUUCUGCAAGCUUGUUGCGCCAGUGUUCAUUUCCUUAAUCGAAAGCUUGUCGACUCGGGUUGCUAUCUGGACGGUCUUUGGUGUGAACACUGCGUCUGUGUUGAUCGAGUAUGUAGCCAUUGCGCAGGUUUACCGAUCGGUCCCUGCCUUGACACGGACACCGGCUUUUUCUAACGAAGAUGAGGAAAGCCAUUCAUCUGACGACCACACAUCCCGGAGUGUAGCCAGCUACUUACAGAACACUAUAGCCCCCUGGCAGGAGUACAUUGCAAACCCUGUGUUCCUUGCGUCCUUUGCGUUGAGCUUGCUCUAUCUCACAGUCCUCUCCUUCGCAGCAACGAUGACCACCUAUUUAUUGCACACGGGUUUCACCCCGAUACAGGUCAGCUGCAUGCGCAUCGGCUCGGUAGCAGCAGAAUUGUCCGGUACUUGGACAGCACCCGUCAUCAUGAAUCGCAUCGGGCCCAUUCGAUCCGGGUUGUGGUUCCUGAACUGGCAGUUUUGCUGCGUGGCCGCCGCAUCUGCAGCCUUUGCUUUCUGGGACUCCAACUCGCGGCUAGUUGCGGGCAGCUUGAUUACCGGGGUGGCCCUGAGUCGUAUUGGGCUCUGGGGCUUCGACCUCUCGGUCCAGUUUCUUGUACAAGACAACAUCGAGGAGCAUGCCCGGGCACGCUUCUCGGCAACUGAAAUGGCUCUGCAGAAUAUCUUCGAGAUGCUGUCUUUUGCGUCGACGAUUGUGUUCCCGCGGCCGGAACAGUUCCAGUACCCAGUUCUGAUCAGUUCGGGGGCCGUGGCCGUGGCUGCAGUCUGUUUCGCAGCUUAUGUGCGUAAGGAACGAGGGCAUCUGCUGCAUCGAUCUCGGUGUUUAGGAGGCGAUAAAGUGUUGUAUCAAGAAAUCCGACCAGAGGCAUGA